AUGCUGAAGUUGCCGCAGGUUCGCAAGGAGUUGGACGAGGACACCCUCGCUAGCUACAUCAUCGAGGAGGAGUGUACGCUGGCAGCAGAGGGACGAAAUGACCAAUUUCUUCCCCAGGCUAACCAGGUCCUUACCAAGAAGGGUAAGCCCCAAUUCCAGCAGACUUCAUUCCCUUCCCCUCCCACUACGGCACAGCAGCAGCAGCCUAAGAAUGGGGGUGGGCUUGGUGGGGGAGGGGAGAAGUGGAAAGGGGGUAAGGAUGGCCAGCCGAAGGGGGGGAAAGGGGGCUUCAAGGUGAAGUGCUAUGUGUGGGGACAAAUAGGGCAUGUUGCUAAGUACUGUCAGCAGCGGGCGGAUAAGGAGGCAGACACCGGUGGAGAGGGUUCUGGAGGUAGCAGCGGAAAGGGGGGUGAUGGCUCUAAGGGGAGCGGGCAGUCAUCAUGUGCGAUGGUGAAGCCACAAGAGCAUGGGGGGCGUUCGAUGCCCUAUGAGCCCCUUCCCUCACUCUUCCCGAUCACUCUCGAGGAGGCGGAGGAGGAGGAGGAGGUGGUCGCACCUCCUGCUAUGCCCUAUGUCCCUACCUUGGUCCCCACCCCACCUCCGCCUUCAGUCUACCCUCGUGUGAUUCCCCCUGCCCCGCCUUUUUCCUCCUCACCCCCCUUGGCUUCCCCUCCUCAACUUGUUAUUCCAUCUCCCCUUCCACCCUCCAUCCCUCCUGCACCUGCUCCGCCCUCUUCUUUGUCUUCCACGGCACCGCCCGUUGGUGAGGGGGGGAUGGAGGUGCCACCGUCUGUGGAGAUCACCGACGGGCAGCGCCUUGAGACUGAGCAGCUGCAGGACGAGAGCAGUAUGGAUGGAGUACAGCAGAGUGGGGGGCAGGAGACAGGGGAGCAGCAGACAGGGGAGCAGGAGAUAGGGGAGCAGCAGACAGGGGAGCAGCAGAUUGGGGAGCAGCAGAUAGGGGAGCAGGAGAUGUGGGGAAUUAGAGAUGGUGGUCGUGUGUUGGUUUCUGGGACGACCACUGCACCACUGCGUCGCUCCACUCGCAUCACUCGUGGUGUCCCGCCUGUUCGAUACGCUUGGGCUGUAGUGGUUGAGCCAGCGGGCUUGGAUGACAAGGAGGAGGACGAGGAGUGGACUAACCGGGACCCGGACGUGGCAGCUGAUCCAGAGAGGUAG